AAUUGUCCACGCUUGUCAACGGGAACAAGCGUAGUAAUUAGCGCGAACUCCGAUCACAGGCUCAGCGGGUGAAUUUAUGUUUUACUGCUUUCCCACUGUUACGAUUUAGUCAAACAUUUAUUGUUGCAGCUUUUAGGUCAACUUGACGGAAAGCGUGGACGAACGUACUGCAAGCGACUCACGAAUUACGUGGUGCGGUGAAACCUUUGAAGUGACAAGAUUUUGUGCUUAGAGCACAGUUGAUUGCGUUCGGAGUUUUAUCAACAAUGGUCUCUUUCUACGUCUUUCUUGUUGUGCUUGCCACCGUUUCUUCUGGUUUUGGUCAAGAUAACGAUAACGAACCGUCUUGUGCUACAGUGAAGACUGCCUACAGACAGAAAAGGCUGACAGAUAGUGAUGUACCGCAAUGGGCUGUGAAAGGGGAUGACCUUCGCGUCUGCCCGAAAGACAACGGUAAGCAAUGCUGCUCACAGCAAAUGGAAGAUCGCUUCGCUGUCUUUGCGAGCGAAGAUUUUGACAAAGCGGUCUCGUCGAAAGUUAGCGAAAUGAGGAGACAGUUCCACCUUCAAGAAAAAGCAUUUAACGCACACUUCCAAUCCUUGAUCAAGGAAUCCCACGAAUCACUGGAUGCUUACUUCAAGAAAGUCUACGUUCACUACUACUCCCAGAACAGCAAGAUAUUCUCAGAUUUUUAUGCAGAAUUAAUGAAAUAUUAUGAGGGAGAGUCCAGCUCUGACAUGAAAACAAUCUUAAACAAACUGUUCAAAAUUCUCAUGCAAAAAAUGUUCCAGAUCAUGCAUGCUCGUUUCCAGUUCAGCAAUUCUUAUCUGGAAUGUAUACCAAAGCAUAUGGAUCAGCUAAAACCUUUUGGGAAUUAUCCAGAAACGUUAACCUCUGAGUUGAGAAGUGUUUUAAUUUUUGCAAAGGCCCUUACAAAAGCACUUGAUGAUGUUCAUGAUGUUUUCAUCAUGCUUGAGAACUCAAUUUCUUCUAAAGACUGUCAGGAUCAACUCAUCAAGCUGAAAUACUGCUCCUGGUGCAAGGCUUUGACAUCAUUAAAACCUUGUCAUCAGUUUUGUAUGGAUGUACAUAAGGGUUGUUUGGCUGACAUAGCAAAGGUGAACAAUCAAUGGCAACGCUACCUGGCGGCAGUGAACGAACUUUUUGAGAAGCUUUCAGGGGUAUACAAUAUUGAAAUUAUCCUGUCCAAAGCGCACAUCAAGAUGUCAUUUGCCAUCAUGAAUUUCCAAGAACCAACUGUGGCUAAAGCUGUCGAGGAAAGGGUAUUCCAAGUAUGUGGUAACCCUGAAUUAACUAAGAGAUCAACAGAUGACUUUUUCCUUGAAGGAAACAAUCGACAAAGAAGAGAAAAUGAUGCUGCUUUACCCAAAAAAUCAGCAGAUGUCACCUUGGAAUCAUUAAAAACAGACUUCAAAGCCGUAAUGAAAAUGGCUGAUAACUUUUGGACUUCGCUACCAGACAUGUUAUGUAGUGACAUAGCAGCUGAAAAGAAUAACCCCUCAGAGUGUUGGAAUGGUGCUGGUAAAGGAAGUUACUCAAGCCCUGAUGAUGGAAAGAAUGCCAUCGAAGAAAACCAAGCACCAUCUGUGUUAAAAGCUAGUGAAAAAUUGAAAAACAUUGUGAAAAUGAUUGAGGAAUAUUCCAAUGCUGCAGUGUAUGGGGAUGAAAUAAAUAUCGUCACCACAGACAAUGAGGAUGAUGAUGAAUCAGGAAGUGGGAGUGGUGAUGGAAGUGGAGGCAGUGGAGGCAGUGGAACAAAUGAAAUACCAAUUGGCACAGAUGCACCACCUACAGACCCCAUCAAUGGGGUUGAUGGCCUUGACAAUGAUGAUAAUGUUGUUGGGGGAGGGGUGGGUGGAAACACUCAAGGACAAUCAAGGAACUCUGCUUCACAAACUGUAGUUGGAGCAUGGUUGUUCUAUUCAGCAAUUUUAUUGUUGUGUUCUUCACUUGUACCAUAAUGGUAUUAAUGGAAGUGGGAUUCCUGUCAUUGCCUACAACACAAAACAUUUGCAUCAUACUGUACAGUACGGAAUGGAUUGUCUGCACUCAGUUUCUUUGAAAAGAUUAUUUAGUUUUGAUACUGGUCAUCAAGGCAUUGUCCAUGUUAUUCAGUGCAAAAAUUUCAAUCCAGCCAUCAUCUCAAACUGUGCAAGAAACAAGCUAGACUAUGAAUGAAAAAUAUCAAGCUUUUUAUUUGUGAAUAUGGGAAUUUAUUUUUACAAAACAUGACUGGAAUGAAUGUUAAUUAAUUGAUUUGUAAAGUUUUAAGUUUGCACAACUAUUUGAAAAAUCAGUAGUUGUUUUUUCACUUCAAAUUCCUGCUCAAAAUGAACUUCAGUUUGCUACAGUUAUCAUAAGCUCUUACAAAUAGUCUAUGGUAUUAAGACUUGACAGAAAUUGUAUAUACAAUUGGCCCCUCUUUUGUGGCACUUUGAUGCCCAAUGUUGAUAGGAGGUAGUUGGAAAGGCUUCAAGUGUCAUCUCAUAUAGUAUUUGUUUGGAUUUUGUAAAAGAGGGAGCUUUGUGCUCAAAUUUUUUUAAAACUGCUUUAUUGGACAUAGUGUGCCAUUUGCUUAUACUUUUGGAGCUUUAUUAGACACUGGCUGAACUUGAAAUGUCAUUAAGCUUGUCAAGAGAGGAAGUGCUCCAAAUUUAGUUAUCAACAACCAGAAUAUAGAAAAGAAGUAGUUUGUAAAUCUAUGUCACAGGCACUUGGAGAUAAGUGCAAGUAACUUUAAGACUGGUUAUGCAUUGGGUAAAGUGGUUGGUUGUGAAAAAUGUGAAAGCCUCACAUUUUCUUCACUCCUUCCUUGAAUGAACAAGUUAUCUUGUCAAUGGCAGGCUUUUUAAAAAUAACACAAGUGCAAUUUGUGAAUGAGUUUUAAAAGUAAUCAUGGAUUGCUUUAAUUGUAAUUGGCAUAGCGUUUGGUUAGAUCCAGAAAAUUGAUUGAGUGGUUUCAACAAAUGGAACGCAAAACUAACCUAAUCAUGAUUUUUCAUUAGUAUUCUCACACGGUUGAAAUCGAGAGUUUCUUUUUCAUUUGAGCUCUUUGGGCUUUUGUAUACUUCCCUAUUAUUCUUAUGGGCUGUUGUGAUUGUGUUUUUUGGUGGUUUUGUAAUACUCAAUUCAAAGGCGCUCUUAGUGAGAGGGAUGUAAUCCUUCAGUGGUUCAAACUUGUUUGAAUAGAAUCAGUGACUAAUUUCCACCUUUUGAGUUCAUUACUAUUAUUCAUGUUUGUCUCAACUCUUUAACCCCCAUGAAUGACCAAGACAGAAUCUCUCCUUACAUCCAAAUUGUAUUGCAGAGAGUAAGGAGAAUUAGUGAGGAGAUCUAGCGAGUGAAAGACUUAGAAGCUAAGGUGAAUAUCACUAGAAGCAGGAGUUAAAUUGUUAUGACCACUGUUUAAACUGUACUUUUAUAGAGAAAGGAAAAAAUUUAUUUUUCUGAUCACUUUGUAACUUGUAUGAAUUAAUACUGGUACCAUUUGUGUUUUUUAACAAUGGGCAUUUGAUAGACUACUAAAAGAGAAGUCUUGGUAUGUGAUUAAGAGCUCCUCAUGGGCUUGGUUUUUUUUUUUUUUAAUGAUAUUUGAUAUGAUCUUCUGUAGAAAUUCUUCCUGGUCUUGGAUUUGUCACAAUUUUUAACUUGUAAAGAAAUCAUCUGAUGACUUAUUGAAAUUGAAGGAAAAUUUUCUGUUUGAAGUAUUUUCAUUAUUGUGGUUAGAUAAAUUUAUAUUUUCAAAAGUGGAUUCACACACCAAAGUUGCUUUUCCUUCUUUCAGUGUUCCACUAGUAUGUUUUUUUUCUAUCAAUGUUCAGUACAAAAUAAUUAUCCUGUGACACAGUUGUUAAGUUGGUGUUUCAUUAUCAAUUUCUUGUAAGGGAAAUUACUGUAUGCAGAGACAAUAUAACUAGUAAUAUACAACAGAUUUCAAAUAAAAAUGACUUCCAAUUCUGGAGUCAACACAUCACUU